AUGUCAUGUGUCCCCCUUUCUGAGAACAACGAGCGUAGGGAGUGGAUGCAGAGAGCGGUGCUGCGAGGCCGCUUCUCUUGGAAUACCUCCCUGUACCUUGGCUUGGCGCUAGCGAGCACAUCUCACCAGAACGAUGCCGAUCCUACCUUCCCCAGGUCAAGGAGAUCAAGAGCUGGCGUCGUGACCUCCUGGCAAGCCAAAGAUCCCGAGGCUGAUUUGCAUGUCUCCCACUCCAAGUCUAAGUCUUCUGACGUGAUGCGAUAUUUGGAGAUCGGGGGCGCUUUUGCUAAUGCCCAAGACAAUGCUCCAGCGGAGGAUUCCCUGACAGCUAUCAAGUCACGCUUUCUGGAAACAUGGUGUGGCGGCAACCCGUGGCCGUACAAGGUUUUCCACUGUCAGAUGUGGGUCCUUGCACAAGCCAACUGGAAAUUACGUCAUUUCCCCGAGUCCGCUGUGAAGCUCAUGGUGCCUGCGCUGAUGCGUGACAUCCUUGAACACUGUGGUAGCCAGGAUGAGGAGGUACGCGACGCCGGUCUGUAUGCUGCGCACAACUUUCUUGAUGUUUGUGCGGCGCAGCUGCAGGAAAUAGCCGCAAGACAAAUCUUGUGCCUCGUGAAGCAGAACCUGCCCUCGCCAGACAGCCGGUGGCACACAAGGUCCCCGUUCUUCAGGGCCAUGAAAUGCCUGAGCUGCGCUUGCAGAGCCCUGAACUCGUCGCAGCGGCAAGAAUGCGUGGCUCUGUUAGCGUCGUAUUUCCAGUUGUUCCAGCUGGAUGGGAAAGCGCAGCUGGAGGUCAUCUCUGAAUUGCUAGUCUUUUGGAGAGCUGAUGCAGACCCUUCGAAGACCUAUGCAGCAACAACCGAGCAGCUGCUUCAGUUGGAGCGGUCGGUUUUGGUGCAUCCCAAAGCACGCAGCGAACUUUACCAGCUGCUACUCACAUGA